AUGUCAGGAUUUACCUAUACUUUGUGUGUCAAAGGAGCUUCGGCUAGUAGGGAGAAUAAUUUUCUUAUUCGCAUAAUACUGGCUAGUGUUCGAAUAAAGAUUUUUUGGAAGAACGAACUUGACGCUGUAGCCAACGCGCACACUGAAGUUUUACUUCAAAGUGGCCUGCGUUUGGAAGACUCGCACCUGGCAACACCAAGACCUUUCACCGAUUAUGCAGUACCUCCAAGACAUAGUCUUAUAGCUAAAUACACCCCGGUGGAGGGAGUCUACCCUAUGCGUGUAAGUCUUUGUAGGGAAUGUCGAAUAAUCUUGGGAGAAAAUGAAAAUUUUCGUUAUAAGGCCGGUGCCUCGACCUGUGCUGACCUUUGUGCGGAGGUGUCUUACUUUGUAGGAUUCGAUGGCCUUGUCCCUGACAUUACGGUUAAGGAUGCCAGGAGUUGGUAG